AUGGAUCACGCCCCGGAAAACAAGGAGCACAUCAAAGCUGCUGCCCUGGGCCAGGGCGUUGGCUAUGCCAUCGUCCUCGGUCUUGGUGGCUUCUUUGCCCUCGGCAUGAUUGCGGUCACUUACAUCUUAAAGCGCUAUAACCGCGAGCUUCAGACAUCUGAAAUGUUCAACACAGCCGGUCGUACUGUGAAGUCCGGUUUAGUCGCAUCAGCUGUCGUCUCAUCCUGGACUUGGGCUGCCACUCUCCUGCAAUCAACGGGUGUUUGCUAUCGUUAUGGCGUCUCCGGCCCCUUCUGGUAUGCUUCCGGUGCUACAGUUCAGAUUCUCCUCUUCGCUACUCUCGCCAUCCAGCUCAAGAAAAAGGCUCCUGCGGCCCACACGUACCUUGAGGUCGUCAAGGCCCGCUAUGGCACCGCGACACACAUUGUCUUCAUGAUCUUCGGCCUGGCAACCAACAUCCUGGUGUCCCUGAUGCUCAUUGUCGGUGGUUCUGCCACCGUCAAUGCCCUGACAGGAAUGCACACCAUUGCUGCUAUCUACCUGCUGCCCGUUGGUGUCAUUGCCUACACUCUUGUCGGUGGUCUCAAGGCUACCAUUCUGACGGACUGGGCCCACACUUUUAUCCUCUUACUGAUCAUCAUCGUCUUCUCUCUGACGACCUAUGCCACGAACGACCUUCUUGGGUCCCCAGGCAAGGUCUGGGAUCUCCUAGUCGAGGCUGCCGCGCGCCACCCGGUCGACGGCAACAAGGACGGCAGCUAUCUCACCAUGCGGUCCCGCGAGGGCGCCAUCUUCUUCGUGAUUAACAUUGUCGGAAACUUCGGUACUGUCUUCCUCGACAAUGGCUACUACAACAAGGCUAUAGCCGCCUCGCCCGUUCAUGCUCUCCCGGGCUACAUCAUUGGCGGUCUGUCGUGGUUCGCCAUUCCCUGGCUGACGGCGACAACCAUGGGCCUUGCGGCUCUCGCUCUGGAGAACACUCCUCACUUCCCAACGUAUCCCGACCGCAUGCUCGACAAAGAUGUUUCCGCUGGUCUGGUUCUCCCGUACGCUGCUGUGGCCAUGCUCGGCAAAGGCGGUGCCGUUGCAACUCUCCUCAUUGUCUUCAUGGCUGUGACCAGUGCCACGUCAAGUCAGCUCAUUGCUGUUAGCACCAUCAUCACCUAUGACCUGUACCGCACGUACAUCAACCCUCAGGCCAGCGGCAAGCGUCUCAUCUACAUGAGUCACACCCUCGUCGUUGGCUAUGGCUUCUUCAUCGCUACUGUAGCAGUUGGUCUUUGGUAUGCUGGGAUUUCCAUGGGCUAUCUGUACCUGCUCAUGGGUGUGAUCAUCUCUGCCGCUGUGCUGCCCGCUACUCUCACGCUGCUUUGGUCUGGCCAGAACAAGUGGGCGGCCACUCUCUCCCCCGUACUUGGCUUCAUCUGUGCCGUCAUUGCUUGGCUCGUCACUGCCAAGAAGGAGUGCAACGAAAUUACCGUCGACUGCACUGGUCGGAACAACCCCAUGCUUGCUGGCAACGUCGUGGCCCUACUUUCCCCCAUUGUCUUCGUGGCCGUCUUCACUGCUAUUUUCGGUAUUGCCAAGUACGACUGGAAGUCUAUGCUUGACAUCAAGCCUGGUGAUGACCAAGACCUUGCUGAGGAGGCUGGCCUCAACCUGGAAGAGAUUCCUGGCGGCCGUGCUUUGAUGAACUUUGAGGAGGAGCAGAAGAAGCUCAAGCGUGCUUCCAAAAUCAGCAAAACUGUCACUGUUCUUAUGACCAUUUGCUUCCUCGUCCUGUGGCCCAUGCCUUUAUACGGCACCGGCUACAUCUUCAGCAAAAAGUUCUUCACCGGCUGGGUUACUGUCGGUAUCAUCUGGAUCUUCUGCUCCUUCAUCGGUGUCGGUCUCUUCCCCAUUUGGGAGAGCCGUGACACGUUGGCCAGGACCACCAAGGCUCUUUUCUGCGAUCUGGUUGGCAGGGAAAAGACCCAGACCAUCCAGGCGCAGCCUGUCGAAGGCCAGAAGAUUUCGGGCGAUGUCACGCCGACCGAGAAGUCUCCUGCUAAGGAGGCUGUGACCUCAAUCCGGGAAAUGAAAGGGGAUGUCAUGGGAGGUGCUGGCAAGCCCGUUGGACCUGCUUGA